GGGUCAGGGAAAGAGUUAGUUGGUGGUUGUGCUUCGUGGGAUGGUGAGUGGUGGCUGGAUGUCAGCACAGCAGGACCAUGCGUGGCACAAUUCUACUGGCGACGCUGCUCUUCGGCAAUGUUUGUUGUGCCUGGCUUACUGGCAACGUGCUUUUUUCCGGACCUGAGGCAGACGGGCCCAUGAAGCAGAGCGUGGUGGGAGGGAUGCAGCUGGCCCUGAAAGGUUGCCAGGCCCAGAUGAAGUGGCAGCGAUGGGCCUGCCCCGAGGGACACUUCAACAAAAUGCACGGCAGUAGGGCAGCGACAAGGGAAAGCAGUCUGGUGCACGCCAUAACCUCAGCCGGCGUGACCUACGCAGUCACCAAAAACUGCUCGCAGGGUCACAUCAAAGGCUGUUCUUGUUCCGAGGGCGGCUCUCGCUCCCACCAGGACUGGAAGUGGCGAGGAUGUUCUGAUGAUGUUCACUUCGGCUCGCAAGUGGCUGAGCGCUUCCUCGACUCCCUGGAGGUGGCACAGGACGCCCCGGCCCUUGUCAAUCGACACAACAAUCGAUUAGGCAGAAUGACUGUGGCACAGGCUCUGCGUCAGUCCUGCAAGUGUCACGGAGUGUCGGGUUCCUGCACUACUAAAACCUGCUGGCGGCAGAUGCAAGCCUUCACUGCCGUGGCGGAGGCUGUGGGACGUAAGUACCGACGGGCCGUAAAGAUCAAGGACAUCAAUGGCCUUCUGGAGCACUCCUCCCGUGAUGCACGAAGAGAGGCAAUCAAGAACAGAGUCUUUCCCGCUCGACCCCGCCGCCUCGCUUACCUCAAUGAUUCGCCAGAUUACUGCCAAGUCAACACCACGAUUGGCUGGUCUGGGACUGUUGGACGGAGGUGUUCCAGAAAGAAAGGCGCCGGGGUCACCAGGCCAGAGAGGAGGUCCUGCAAGACCUUGUGUCGUGCCUGCAACCUUGUAGUAGACAAGAAUGUCUCCAGGGUAGCUGUCCCCUGCCACUGUCGUUUUCAAUGGUGCUGUAAGGUGAAGUGCAGCACAUGCCUCAAGAGGAAGGUCAUACUCUCCUGCAGCAGCAAGUAGCUCCAGUAACCUCCAGCACUGGCUGUUACCUCCUAUUCCUUUGCGUGACCAAAAAACAAUCACAUUAUAAUCAUAUAUCAUGUAUAUUUAAUCCUUAUCACGAGAACUCAUAAAAAAACACAUUGCAUUGAUGUAACAGUGUAUCCUU